AUUUCUACUUUUUUAUCCGUACGAUUAUUCCCUGUUUCUCCGGCAUCACACGCGACCUUCGCCUCUUUGGCUUUCCCUGUUCACUGGCUUCAACCCUCAGACUUACGGUCUACGGACCUGCAACGACUCAGUCUGAGCUCACAGUCCCAGAAAGUUGAAGAGAAAUGGAAAUUCAACCCACUGCUCCUAAAUCCUAACCCCCUCCAACUCCCAUCUUCCUCGAAAUUUGACGGAAUCCCCUGAUUCAGAGGUAUGUACUUGUCUGAUAAGCCUCGACCAAUCGAUAUUUACAAAGAAGAAGGCAGCAGAGAUAUGAUGAUCGAGGUGGCUUCUAAUGGCGACCAUCAUAUUCAACCUCAUCAGCCACAACAGACUCAUCAGCAGCACCAAAUGAUGCUCGGCGAUAGCAGUGGUGAGGAUCAUGAAGUCAAGGCGCCGAAGAAGCGGGCGGAGACUUGGGUUCAGGAUGAGACGAGAAGCUUAAUUUCACUACGGAGGGGGAUGGAUGGAUUGUUCAAUACCUCGAAAUCGAACAAGCAUUUGUGGGAGCAGAUAUCGGCUAAGAUGAGGGAAAGAGGCUUUGAUCGCUCUCCGACUAUGUGUACUGAUAAGUGGAGGAACUUGCUCAAGGAGUUCAAGAAGGCUAAACACCACGACAGGGGAAGUGGCUCUGCUAAGAUGUCGUAUUACAAGGAGAUUGAAGAAAUUUUGAAGGAGAGAAGCAAAAAUGCGCAGUACAAGAGCCCUACGCCGCCCAAGAUUGAUUCCUACAUACAAUUCUCAGACAAAGGAAUUGAGGAUAAUGCUCUAUCGUUUGGACCUGUCGAAGCUGGUGGCAGGCCCUCACUCAAUCUUGAAAGACAGCUGGAUCACGAUGGGCAUCCCCUUGCCAUCACAGCAGCUGAUGCAGUUGCUGCAACAGGCAUCCCACCUUGGAAUUGGAGAGAGGCACCCGGAAAUGGUGGGGAAGGUCAGGCAUUUGGCGGGAGAGUUAUAACAGUCAAGUGGGGAGACUACACAAGAAGAAUCGGUGUUGAUGGCACCUCAGAAGCCAUCAAGGAGGCAAUCAAGUCUGCAUUUAGGUUGAGAACUAAACGUGCAUUUUGGUUAGAGGAUGAGGACCAGGUUGUCAGAAGUCUAGACAGGGACAUGCCUUUAGGAAACUACACUCUUCACCUUGAUGAAGGGUUGGCUGUUAAAAUCUGCCUCUAUGAUGAAUCUGACCACUUACCAGUACAUACUGAAGAAAAAAUAUUUUACACUGAAGAUGAGUACCGAGAAUUUUUAGCUCGUCGGGCCUGGACAUGCCUUCGGGAGUUUGAUGGGUAUAGAAACAUCGAUAAUAUGGAUGAUCUACGUCCUGGUGCAUUAUACCGCGGUGUAAGUUGAGCAAGUGCACAAUUAUGCCAAUAUGUUAAAAGAAUCUUGGCUUCAGUGCCCCCUUGAUUGUGGGACUUGGUUUUAGUACUCCGUCUUUACUUGUAAUCCAUACACUAAAUCCAUCCAUGCAAACAACUAUGGCGUUUGUGCACAGACUCUGCUUGUGCAAUUUUGACAGGUUAUCUUCUCCCUGUGUAUAUAAUAUGGAUUGUUGGCAGUAUCUGUACAGAGAAUGCAUGUUUUAGAGGGUGUCUAUGGAAUACAUAUAUGUGAAGCGAUACCAUUACUUUUA